CAGUACGUACAAGUACUCGUACUUUACCGUACGGUAGGUCGAAGCUUCGUCGUCUCUCGUUCGUUCGACGAUCAACGACACAAGAUACGACCGCACGAGAACUAGCACUCCCGUCCAUCCCCAGGAAACCCCGACCCGACACCCACCGCACGGAUCCCUCCCCGACCGCCAACCCAGAGCAAGGAAGAAACACGAAACACCAUGGGUUUCCUCGGACUGAACGGCAACCAGAAAACCCCCGCGGAGAAACAGCUGCGUCCGAUCCUGUUCGACGAAAGCAUACAGGUCCUGUCCAAUUUCGAACUGAACCAGGUAGCUUCCCUGACGUACAACGACCUGACGUGCGACGGGAUCUUCGAGCUGAUCGAGGGCAUCUGCAACUCGCCCCUCGACCACACCUGCCUCACGAUCCAAAAGGCGCUGAUCGUCACGAAGCACGUCGUGGUCUACGGAUCCGAAAACACGGUCAACCACGCCUACGCCAUCCAGCACUUGGUGCACCCCCUGCAGGAAUUCAACACGGUCCUGAUGGCCCACAAAAAGGGCGGCCCCAGGGGAUUUUUCCAGAACCUGCAGGGCGGAGGCGUCGACCGGGGGGGUCCCGUCAGAGAAGCCGCCGUCGAGGUGGUCAAGCUCCUCUCCAACAUCGACGAGCUGCGGAAGAUCCGCGUCGCCAGCGCCAGCCAGGAUUCCCUCGUGCCCGUCGGCGACAACGGGGUGGCCUUUGUGACGGACGAGGUGCGGCUGCACGUCCUCAAGCGGCGCAUCGAGACCGAGAACCAGCUGCGGAUCCAGUCGAACCUCAAGAAAUCCGAGGGCGGCUUCGGAGCCGGCUACACCAGCAAGGACGGCAAGAACGUCGUGGGGGCGGCCCACGGGAUCGAGGAGAUGAUCAAGAUGGCCAGCCUGCAGACCAAGAAAUUCUCGGACGACGGAAGGAGCGGAAAGUCGAGGGAGCAACUCAUACUGGAGGAGCUCAAGGCGGAAGCGGACGCCGAAAAGGCCGCCAGGGACGCCGAGGCCGCGGCCAGGGCUGCUCCCCCCGUGGAUCUGCUGGGGUUCUCCUCCGAUCCGGCUUCCCAGCAGGGCACCGCGGACCUGCUGAGCUUUGAUGCGCCCCCGGCGGGUGCCGCCGGCGGCGCGGCCGGCACCGCAGCGGGCACGGCCGACCUGCUGGGGGGAGGCCUCGUUGCCGGAACGCCACCGGCAGCGGCUCCUUCCGACGAUCCAUUCGGCCUCGCAUCGGCGUACACCGGAACGGCGGCCCCGGCCCCUUCCACCGGCAACCUCCUGGACGCUGCGGCGCAACACGAUCCGUUCGCAGCGGUACCGGCGGUGCCAACCACCAGGGAUUCCAUGAACCUCAUCAGCAUGAACACCAACCUGGAUAUCAUGGACCAGGCCGGAAGGGACGGCAGCACCCCGAUGGUGUCCGUCACCCCGGCCCCGAUCCAAGUCCUUGGAUCCGGCAGCGCCGCUCCAGCGAUGAACGGCCUUUCCGCGAUGCAGAUGCCGGGGCUGGACGCGACGGGCCUGUCCACGAUGCAGAUGCUUGGCCCGGACACCACGGGCCUGUCCACGAUGCAAAUGCUUGGCCCGGACACCACGGGCCUGCCGGCAAUGAACGGCCUUACUUCGGCCGUGGCGUCCGUCUCUCUCUCGGAACCCGCCCCCGAAAAAUCGCCAGUGAUGGAAUCCAGCGGGGACCGGUUCUCGGCCCUGGACGCCCUGGCCGAGUCCUCCGUGGGCCAGGCCCAGGCCACAGCGCUGGACGCCAAAAAGGCCGAGGACCGGCUCCUCGGCUUUGCGUCGGCGUCUUCCACGGGGCCGGGAUCCGGUCUUUCUGCCCCUUCUCUUAUGGGCAUGCCACCACCCGUUCCGGAACCCAUGGGAGGCAGCGUGCCCCCGGUGUCGAUGGGCAUGCCACCGCCGCCGCCCGUUCCGGAACCCAUGGGCGGGAUGGGGAUGCCGAUGGGCAUGCCGCCGCCGCCGCCCGUUCCGGAACCCAUGAUGGCGCCGGGAAGCGGCAGCGUGGCGAAUUCCUACGGCGGUGCCGCGGAACCCGGCGACGACGACAACCCCUGGGUCAUGGGCGGAUCGGCUGGGAUGGGCCUCGAACCGAAGGGACCCGAGCCGUCGGCUCCGCCACCGCCUCCACCACCCGAUUUCUAGUCUUUGAACGAACUGUAUGCCACUUUCAACUUCGUUGUCCAAGAAAAAAAGGGUUGGAAC